AUGUCAUUCACGUGUUACGCUACAAAUUUGUCUUCAUCAUCUAUUUAUCUUAUUUCUUUAUCUGAAUUUUGGUAUCUGAAAUUUUUUGUUGGAUGUAGUAUUCUUAUGGCGCGUGAUAAUAUAUUAUUUGAACGAAAAAAUGUAUUUAUAAAAGAGCAAUUAUUACAAACAGAAGCACAAGCAACAGGAGCGCGUGAUGAAAUCACUGGAACAAUAAGCAUUGUUGAACAUGAACGUAACCAAUUCUUUCGUUUCAUACCAUUUGGUCUUGAAAAUGUUGGAAUAGAUGAUUGGGCAUUAGUUACUAAUGGUCAUUCAAUAGUUUCGUUUAAAAAUCGAGGUAAAGAUAAUGAUACUCUAUCGGUGUCGCCAAAUCCAUCAUUGAAAUUUCGUUAUCAUUUUAAUAUAAACAAUAUACGAAGUGUACGCCGAAAUCAUAUGUUACAGAGUAUUUAUUAUCUGGUUAUUGUACUUAAAGAUGGUACAAAGUUACCAUCAUUUCAUUUUAAUCUUGGCGGAAGUCGAGAACUUUUACAAUUAUUACUUAAAUAUCUCCCACUUGAAAAGUCAAUACAAGACAAUCAAUUGUAUGUUAUAAAAGAGGAUUUUGCGCACGAAACUACAACAGAACCUAUCAGUGUUUUUGAUCAAUUGAAUUUAUUUGAUGAUUCACAUAAUAUGAUGAAACGGAUUAAAGGCACUGAUCCACGUCGUAAAACGAUUGAACGAUUUUCUAAAGUGACAAAUUUUCUUAAAGAUGCUUUUCUUGGUCAAAAUGAAUUUAUUCCAAUAAAUGAUAAUUCUGAUAGUGUAAUGGGUGCUGAUGUUAAUGCUCUUAUGGAAUCAUUUAGUAAAGAUUUACGUGAAUCAAAUAAUGAUGGCUUUGAAGUUAUCUAUAAGGUUGAUUUUAAAAAUUUACCUGAAGUAACACGUUGUCAACCAUUGACCAGCAAAGAAUGGCAAAUGUUCUUCGAUAAUGACGGACGUAUUAUAGAUGUUAAAAAAGUAAAAGAACGUAUUUUUCGUGGUGGAUUAGAAUCAAAUAUGUUGAGACGUGAAAUAUGGAAAUUUUUAUUAAAUUUUUAUUCAUGGUCAUCAACUCAGGAUGAACGCAUUGCAAUAGCUAAACAAAGAUCAUCCGAAUAUUUUGCAAUGAAAUUGCAAUGGAAAACAAUGAAUGAACAGCAAAAACAAAGAAAUUGUCUAUUUCGAGAACGAGAAUCAUUAAUUGAAAAAGAUGUAAUACGUACGGAUCGAACUCAUGAAUAUUUUCAUGCUGAUAAUAAUAUUCAUCUUGAAGUCUUAAAUGAUGUAUUGAUGACCUAUAAUAUGUAUAAUUUUGAUUUGGGUUAUGUUCAAGGCAUGAACGAUUUAUUAAGUCCAAUAUUAAUUGUUAUGGAAAAUGAAGUUGAUGCAUUUUGGUGUUUUGUUGGACUCAUGGAGCGAAUGGAACAAAAUUUUCAUAUGGAUCAAUCACAUAUAAAACAUCAACUUAGUAAUCUUCACACUCUCCUUCAAUUUAUUGAUGCUGAACUUGCGAAUUAUCUAGUUGAAAAUAAUUCAAGUAAUAUGUAUUUUUUCUUCCGGUGGAUGUUAAUUUGUUUUAAACGUGAAUUUUCAUUCGAUGAUGUUAUGUGUUUAUGGGAGGUCUUAUGGACAGAUAAUUUAUGUCAAAAUUUUGAAUUACUUGUUUGUUUAGCUAUUUUAAUUUCACAAAAAAAAGUUAUUAUGGAUUCAAAAUUUGGUUGUAAUGAAAUUCUUAAACACAUUAAUGAUCUUUCACUUAAAGUUCCAUUGGAACCAUUAUUAAAACAUGCUGAAGGUCUAUAUAUACUAUUGAAACAACAUCAUCAAUCAACACCUGGCCUGCCACCAUCGAUAUCAGCAAUUUUAUUUCCAAAUAAAAAUAAAAACUUUAGAAAACAAAACAAAAAUCAUGAUCAUGAUUCGGAUUCAGAUGCAACAUCAACAAUAUCAUCAGUAAAAUCUUCACGUGAACCGUCACCGACACCUAAUGUUGAACGAAAAGCGCGCACAAGAAAUUUAACUGAAUCACAUUCAAUUGAUGAAAAUGAUAGUGCCGUUGUUAGCCAUACAAAAAACAAUUAA